ACGGAGGAAGUAUAUAUAAUGUCAAAUACUUUGACUGAAGAGUAGAAAAAAAUGAGAUUUGGGAGAACUUUGAAUGUUAAAGAAUUCAAAUAUUCUGUAUAACUAUUGUAGGAAGACUUUCCCGGUCUUCUUCUCCCUCAAUCUACAUCUCUAUGUCUCUCCUCUCUUUCCAAAACAUUUCCUCCUCCCCUCUCUCUCUCCAAUUACCAAAUGGAAAUGGUAAUCCUUUUCUUCCUCACACUCCUUAGUUUCACUACAACCUUUGCUGAUGACAAAUCCGCCAUGGAUGACUUCUUGAAAGCCUUCGGAUCAUCUCCUCCUUCUGGGUGGGACUCUGCUACAGAUUUUUGCAAAUGGAAAGGUGUAAACUGUGAUAAUGGCAACAGGGUUACCUCCAUUAAUCUUGCUUCUCUAUCUCUGAAAAUUACACUCCCUUCUUCCAUUAAUACCCUCUCUCAACUCACCACUCUUUCUCUUCAAAACAUUGAAUUAAUCGGCCCUUUACCUUCUUUAGCUAAUCUCACUCUUCUUCAAACUGUUUUUCUUGAUAAUAACAAUUUUACUUCAAUUCCAUCUGGUGCGUUUUCUGGGUUGUUUUCACUUCAAACUCUUUCCCUCUCUUUUAAUGAAGACCUUGCGCCAUGGCAAUUUCCUUCCGAGCUCACUGAUUCUCCAAGUUUGAGGAGUUUCUAUGUUAAUAAUGCAAAUAUGGAAGGCCCGAUUCCAGAUGUAUUCGGGUCGUUUCCUGGAUUGCAGAAUUUGAGAUUGAGCUAUAAUAAUUUGAGUGGGUCUUUACCCGGUUCGUUCAACGGGUCUGCAAUUCAGAAUUUCUGGGUUAAUAAUCAGGUUGGUGGGUUGUUAACGGGUCCGAUUGAUGUUGUUUCGGGUAUGACCCAGUUAGCUCAGGUAUGGCUUCAUGCUAAUUCAUUUACUGGUUCAAUUCCUGAUUUAUCUGCUUGUACUGAGAUAUUUGAUCUUCAACUUAGGGAUAAUAAGUUUACUGGGAUUCUUCCACCUUCAAUUGUUAGUUUGCCUGAAUUGGAGAAUUUUACUAUUAAUAACAAUAGCAUUCAAGGGCCUCUUCCUGAUUUUCCUAAGACUGUUGAAGUACAAUUGAGAAAUAAUCACUUUUGUAGGAAUGUUACUGGGGAUUGUGAUCCUCAGGUUACUGCUUUGCUUAAUAUUGCUGGGGCUUUAGGAUAUCCAAUUAAGUUAGCUGAUGCUUGGAUUGGUAAUGAUGCUUGUAAUAGCUGGAUUUUUGUGACCUGUGAUUCGAGCCACCGUGUAGUUAGUGUUAAUUUCGCGAAACAAGGGUUUUCGGGUACCAUUUCCCCUGCAUUUGCGAAUUUGACAUCGUUGACGGAAUUGAAUUUGAGUAAUAAUAAUCUGAAUGGCACUAUCCCUGCUUCUUUAGCUUCCUUGCCCAAGCUUAAGAAGAUUGAUUUGACAAAUAAUGACAUUAGUGGGAAAGUUCCGCGUUUUAGUCCUGGGGUGAUUUUGCUCGUUUCUGGGAAUAAGAAUAUUGGGAAGCAUGUUGCUCCACCUGGUUCUCCGGGUUCUGGGGGAAGCUCCUCUUCUGAGUCGGGUGGGGGUUCAAAGAGUUCUUUUAUUCCCUAUGCUUCAGUGGCUGCGGUGGUGAUCACCGUUGUUGUUCUCAUGAUGUUUAUGUACAAGUGUUACAGGAAGAAAAGGCAACGGAUAGAAUCCCAGGAAGAGGGGGAGAGUUUCUCACAACUGGCUCCUAAUUUUCCUGUGAAAUUUAGUUAUCAAAGCUUGAUGGAUGCAACUAACAAUUUUGAUGUUAAGAAGAAACUUGGGGUCGGUGGCUUUGGUUCUGUUUUUGAAGGAAGUUUGAGGAUUGGAACAAAAAUUGCAGUAAAGCGUUUGGAUAAUCUUGGACAAGGACGAAAGGAAUUUUUAGCAGAGGUUCAGACCAUAGGCUGCAUACACCAUGUGAAUUUAGUGAAAUUGGUUGGAUAUUGUGCUGAAAACAAACACAGACUUUUGGUUUAUGAGUACUUGAGUAAUGGUUCAUUAGAUAAAUGGAUUUUUAGCGCAAAUCCAAGAGGCAUCCUUAGAUGGGAUGCUAAGAGAAAGAUCAUCUUGCAAAUUGCAAAGGGGUUGGCGUAUUUGCAUGAGGAGUGUCAAAAAAGAAUAGCUCAUCUAGAUGUAAAACCCCAAAAUGUACUUCUAGAUGACGCCCUUAAUGCCAAAAUAUCUGAUUUUGGUCUUGCAAAACUUUUUGACAAGGAUGAAAGUUAUGUAAUGACUCAAAUGAGAGGAACUCGAGGGUACCUUGCCCCUGAAUGGUUAGGUCGAAAGAUCACAGAGAUAGCGGAUGUGUAUAGUUAUGGGGUUGUAGUCUUAGAAGUAGUGUUUGGGAGGAAGAACUUGGACUACUCUCAACCUGAGGAAAGCACUCUCAUCCAACUGGUCAAACAGAAGGUUGAGGAGUGCCAGUUGUUUGAUCUACUAAACGAAUGCAAUGAGGAUACAAGGCAAAAUGUUGAAGACGUUGAGAAGAUUAUAAAAAUUGCAUUGUGGUGUUUGCAUACAGAGCCAACUCGACGUCCUGUCAUGUCAAUGGUGGUGAAACUAUUGGAAGGACAUGGAGGUGCAAUAGCUCUAGAGGCUAUUACUGACUAUUCCUGUGCAAUUUUGAACACAGAUGGACACCCAUCAAUUGAGCCAAUAACCCAACUUUCCGACUCAGUUUUAUCAGGACCCAGAUGAGGAAAGUGUUGCGAUCCUGAUUGAUAAGUUACGUUGGCCAUUGUUGUGGAAUAAGUCAAUUAUUUAGCUUCAUCAUAGACUAAAGAAGCUGGAUGGGGCUCUAAGGAGUAACUUGACUGGACAGAUUAAAGUUACUCUGUAUAAUGUAAUUUUUUGGUUAGUUUCUAUUUAGAGGACUUGUAAUCUUUGAUUUGUACUCUUUUUUAGUAGAAUAUCAAAAAAUAUGUAGCUUGAAAUAAUAUGGGAAAGUACAAGGGAUAAUCCAAAACAUUACAUUUUAUCAACGGGAAGAGACCAGCAGUAUGGACCGUACCUAUAACACGAGUAACCUCGUAAAUGGGUGAGAAUUCGACUAACUCGAUAUUAUCCUUUACACUUCCGCACAGAAGAAUAGAAAAGUGACCGAUCAAUCCAGUUUCUAGUAUGGCAUCCUUGCUGGGAAUUUACAGAGCUCUCUAGGCAUAAAUUCAUAUAUAUGCAUCCAAGUUUGUCAGAAAAUCUGGACUAUAUUCUGUUUCUGUCAAUAUUGUUAUAGUUCAAUUUUCUGUUUUCUAUUUUACCUUGACAUUUGUGAA